GGCUUCAUCGUCGACGAGGACGAGUCGGCACGCCGUCGCCGCCGCAAGCACAAGGAGCGCCGCAAGCACCGCGACGCCCGAGACCCAGACGCAGACGCAGACGGCGACGACACCAAGAGCAGGAAACGCCGCAAGGGCUCCGACGAUGGACGACCUCGAGCUCCUCCAGGAGAACAUGGGCAUCCGGCUCACGAAGCCCAAGGGCGUACGUCCUCGACUCCCCCUCUCGACAUCUUUGCCGACGACGACGACCGCGCCGGCGACGAUGGCGGCCUCGAGGGCAUGUUCGGCGCCGACGAGAUGGCGGGCUUCAUCGAGGACGACACGGACGACUCGCGGUCCGAGGCCGGCGACUCGGACGAGGACGACGAGGCGCGUCGUCAGCGCAAGCGCGACGCCAAGCGGCGCGAGAAGGGCGAGCGCAAGAAGCGCCGCGGCGCCGGCCUCGGCAUGGGUCGCGUCGAGGGCAUCACGCAGGAGGCGUGGCAGGAGGUCGCAGAGGUGUUUGGCAACGGGCAGGACUACGCGUGGGCCAUGGAGGACGACGACGAGGACGACAAGGACGGCAAGAAAGAGCUCAAGGACAUCUUUGAGCCGAGCGAGAUCGCGUCGCGCAUGCUCACGGCCGAGGACGACAAGAUCCGCCGCCUCGACGUGCCCGAGCGCCUCCAGGUCGCGUCGGCCGGCCUGCCCGCGUUCUCGUUCGACGACGACGCCAACCUCGUGCCGCUCAUCCCCGAGGCCGAGAUCCCGACCGCGGCACGGUGGAUGUCGGAGCGCCUCGGGCGCGACAUCAACGAGGCGUACCUCCUCCAGGACGCGGCGACGGGCCUCCUCCCGCCGCUCCACAACGAGUUCCUGACGGCCGUCGAGAGCGUGCUCCGGUUCCUCAACGUCGACCUCCUCGAGCCGCCGCACAUCUGGCACCACCGCGCCGACUACCUGUUCCACGCCCCGACCGGCGCGACGCCGCACGCGCUCCUGCACGAGGACCACCUGUGGCGCCUGUCGGCCCUCAGCAUCAAGUACCGCGCGUUCCUCGCGCGCCGCACCGAGCUCGUCGCGCUCGUCGACCGCCUCGGGUGCGGCCACGACGCGCACGUCGCCGAGCUCGUCGACCAGGCCCAGACGGUCGAGGACGUCAUGGACGCGCUCGCGUGGGACGCCGAGGCUCGUGCGCAGCGCGAGAGGGAGAACGACGAGGCGGCGGCCAAGCGGCAGAAGCGCGCCGCGAGGGAGAGCGAAUACGAGCUCGCCAAGAAGAGCGUCGUCAAGCGUCUCGCAGAGCUCACCAACAUCUCGGUCGCCGAGUUCGCGCUCGACGUCUCGUCGGGCACCAAGACGCACUUUGUCGACGACCCGGCGCAGACGCCCUCGCUCCUCGCCAACGAGUUUGUCGUCGAGCCCCAGUUCGCGACGCCGCAGCGUGCUCUCGCCGGCGCCCGCACCAUCCUCGUCACCGAGCUCGGGACCGAGCCCAUCCUGCGCCGCGAGGCGAGGCGGUACGUGCGCGACUUUGGCGUCGUCAACGUUGCCGCGACCAAGGCCGGCGAGCAAAAGAUCGACGCCCUCAACCCGUUCUACACGUUCAAGUACAUCAAGAACAAGCCGCUCAAGGAGUACCUGCGCUCGCCGCAAUGGGCCCAGAUCCUCGCCGCCGAGGCGGAAGGGCUCGUCACGGCGUCGAUCGACCUCCCCGAGUCGGCGUACCACCGCCUCGUCGCGUCGCUCGGCAAAAUGUACCUGUCGGACUACGCGUCGGCGCUCGCCGAGGAGUGGAACGACCUCCGCAAGGGCAUCCUCGAGGAGGCCGUCGCCAACGUGCUCGUGCCUCAGGCCGCAGCAUGGGCUCGCAACAUGCUCAAGGAGGAGUGCGAGGACUAUGUCGGCGACCUCUGCAAGCGCAAGCUCGAGUCGCGUAUCGACGUCGCGCCCUGGUGCCGCGCCGACUCGACGAUGCAGCCCGGCGACACGCCCUCGGUCCUCGCCCUCUCGAACGGCCGCGGCGACCCUCGGCGCGACUCGAUCAUCGGCGUCUUCUUCGACGGCGACGGCCACUUCCGCGAGCACUUUACGCUCGACCGCCUCAUCGACAUGGACGACGCACAGCGCGACUCGUUCGCCGAGUUCCUCAAACGUCGUCGCCCGCAAGUCGUCGUCGUCGGCGGCUACAGCCCGGCCGCCGUCCAGCUCCUCGAGGACUUUCGCCGGUUCGGCGGCGAGGUGGCGCGCGAGAUCGUCGAGGCCGGCGACGCCGAUGACGACGAGGCCGACCAAGGGCUCCCGUACGAGCAGGCCCAGGAGCGCAAGAGCCACCGCGCCGCGUUCGAGUCGACGUUCGUGUUCGACGACGUCGCGCGCAUCUACCAGCACUCGCAGCGCGCGGCGCAGGAGUUCACCGAGCUGAGCACGCUCGGCAAGUACUGCGUCGGCCUCGCGCGGUACGCGCAGAGCCCGCUCAACGAGUACGCCGCGCUCGGCGCCGACCUGUCGGCGCUCACGUACGACCCGAACCAGAAGUACGUCGCCAAGGACAAGGUGUCGCUCGCGCUCGAGCGCGCCCUCGUCGAGGUGACGAACCGCGUCGGCGUCGACCUCAACAAGGCCGUGCGCAACCCGUACUACGCCCACUUGCUCCAGUACGUGUCGGGCCUCGGCAUGCGCAAGGCCGACGCGCUCGUCAAGAAGAUCGCGUCGACCCAGAACGGCACGCUCGCCAACCGCCAAGGGCUCAUCACGCACGGCGGGUUCGGCAAGCAGGUCUUCCUCAACGCGUCGGGCUUCCUCCGCAUCCGCCAGGACGACCUCGCGGCCGACCUCGCUCGUGACGAGGACGACGGCCAAGACGCUCCCGACGUCCUCGACGACACGCGCAUCCACCCCGAGGACUACGACGUCGCGCGCAAGAUGGCGGCCGACGCCAUGGAGUACGACGAGGAGGACCUCGAGGGCGCCUCGCCGUCCAAGGCCGUCGCCGACCUGCUCGAGGACGACGUGCGCAAGCUCAACGAGCUCGCGCUCGACGAGUUCGCCGAGGAGCUGUCCAAGGUCCUCCAGCAGCCCAAGCGGCUCACGCUGUACAAGAUCCGCGAGGAGCUCCAGAACCCGUUCGGCGAGAAGCGCCACCAGUUCAUCGCGCCGACGGCCGAGGAGCGCUUCACCAUGUUGACGGGCGAGACGCGCAAGACGCUCGACGGCGGCCUCAUCAUCCCUGUGCGCGUCCUCCGGGUCUCGCCCGAGGAGGCCGUCAUGGUCAAGCUCGACUGCGGCAUCACGGGCCACAUCGCCGCCGAGCUGCGCACCGACGGCGCCAUGCACACCAAGCUGCGCCCGGGCCAGACGCUCCAGGCCAUGGUCAUGGAGGUCAAGUACGACGUCCUCAACGUCGAGCUGUCGACGCAAGAGUCGCUCAUCGAGCACGGCGACCGCGACCGUCGCGUCGUCAAGCCCGACACGUGGUUCGACCACGAGCGCCAGGCGGCCGAGGCGCGCGUUGUCCAGAACUCGCAGCAGCGCCAGACGGGCGGCAAGGUCAAGCGCGUCAUCCACCACCCCAACUUUCACGACGUGUCGGCCGGCGCCGCCGAGCAGCUCCUCGCGAGCAUGCAGCGCGGCGACUGCGUCAUCCGCCCCUCGAGCCGCGAGGACCACAUCGCCGUCACGUGGAAGGUCGACGAGGGCAUCUACCAGCACCUCGCCGUCCACGAGCUCAACAAGCCCAACGAGUUCUCGCUCGGGACCCAGCUGCGCGUGUCGGACAAGCACCGGUACUCGGACCUCGACGAGCUCAUCGACGCCCACGUCAAGCAGAUGGCGCGCAAGGUGUCGGAGCUCGCUGCGCACGACCGCUUCAAGGGCUCCAAGGACCACCUCAACUCGUACCUCCGCAACUGGACGCAGGCCAACCCGGGUCGGUCGAUCUACGCGUUCGGGUGGGACGACGACCGUCGCAAGGCCGGCCAGGUCGUGCUCGGGUUCCGCGCCAACGAGAAGAGCGACAUCCACUACUGGCCCGUCCUCGUCGUGCCCGAGGGCUACAUGCUCCGAGGCGACGUCCACGGGGACGUCCAGUCGCUCGUCAACGCGUUCAAGAUCGCCUACGCCGCGUCCAUGUCGGGAGGAGCGGGCCGUGCGCCAGCAGUCGGCGCCGGCGGCGCAACGGGUCGGUACGCCGCUCCCGGCGGCAACACGCCCAACCUCCUGUACGGCACGGGCGGCGGGCGCACCCCGGCCUACGCCGGCGCCGGCGGGCGGACCCCGGCGGGCCUGUACGGCGCCGGUGGCGCCGGGAGCGGCAGGACGCCCAACCCGUACGGCAUGCAGCAGCCGCCACCAGGCGUCGUCGCCGCCAUGGGCGGGCGCACGCCCAACCCGGCGUACGGCGGCGGGCGCACGCCGAACCCGUACGGCGGGCCGCCGCCGCCGGUGUACGGCUACGGCGGCGGGUACGGCCAGCCGUGAGGGUCGCCGUCGAGCUGCUCGAGGCGUUCCUUCUCGAUACCCCCUUCCUCCCCUCGCGCACCCUCUUCUCUCGCCUUCCCUCGCACGUUCUCCCUCCCUCCCUCGUACCCUCGAAGCAUAAAAGGAGGCCGACCCGGCUUGUUGCGUAGCAGUUCCUCUCUCUCGUCGUGCGUCUCCUCCUCCCUCCUCUCUCCCUUUGUGUCCCUCGUCGCCGUCGUUCCUCUGCAUUGUACACGUACCUCGAG